GAAGAAGUGGAAGUUGGUCUAGAAGAUUCACACACACUUUGUUUAUAAAAAAUCUAUUCAUUAUGUUAAAAGUUAAACAUUUUAUGCAAAAUAAGUUUUUUUUAUGCAGUGCCGUCAUCUUGAGUUUAAAAAUAAACACAUGCAAUGAAUAAGUUUAGUUGUUUGGCAUGUUUAUGUAGUAAUAAUCUUUACAAAGAUCUCCGUUUCCUUCCUGUUACUCCCAGGUACGUCGUCCCUGACAUCAGACGGUCAGUUCAGUUCCUCUCCCACAUCAGUCACGUCAUGUCUGCACAAAUACCAAACUCUACAACAAAAGAUAAAAACCAUUAGAUGUUCUGAAAGCUGUUGAAGUUGAUGAUGAACUUCUUUAUGCUCAUAUCUCAUCGCGUUCCGUUUCGUUGCUCACGCUUUCAGUCUCGCUCUGCUUCCCCUUUUCACUCACUCCAUCUCUGAGUGACAUCCUGAGCCUAACUCUCUGAUUAAGACAUUAGAAACAUUUCCAACAGAAUAAUUAUUACCAGUUAUUACUUCUGACACAAUUACCAAAACUUUUUUUUCAUGACUAUAACUUCUAAUGUUUAAACACACAAGAACAACCUCACUAAUUGGACUGAAGUAAUUUUCUACUGCAUGUCUUAGAUGUUUCUCUGUAAUACUCGUUUUAAAGGUUGAUUUCUAAAUGUUUUAUUGGAGACUGGUUCUGUAAGUUUUCCUUUGACUAGAGGGUUGAUGCACAGAACAGCAGUUUCUAUUAAAUGUGUCAGAGUCUUUCUGAACAACACGGAUCAGACUUUUUCGAAUGCGACUCAGGCCACUCUGGUUCUAAAUCCGGUACGUAUCUGAUCUGACGUACAGACCCGGUCCAAACGGCCCGGUCACAUUCAUCCGACCUGAACUUUGAUCCUCAACAUUCAAUAAAUGCAUCCUGAUUCAUGCAAACGGAAAGAAAAACAACAAUCAUGACGGAUUCAGUUAAUCAUAAGAUAUGUUGCUGCAUUAGUAUCUGUGUCUGUUUCCACACAGCAAUUCUUCUUCUUCUCCUUCUUUUUCUUCUUCUUUAUUUUAUGUCGGUUGACAAAACCCUGAGCGCUGUCUGUGUAACGUUACUGUGCUACAUUUGCAGUUCACACUUCAGAUCUCAUAUUUGGAAAUGUGAACAACGGCUAAAAAAAUUGAAUUUAAUAAAAAAAUCAUAAUUGAACAUUAAAACCUGCAGUGUGAACGUCACCACAGGUUUUCUUCUUAUUCAUCUUUUACUUAAUAUUUUAGUUGAACUUUACCGGCCUAGUUAAAGAACUUAUUUACAAAAAGUGUUUCAACUGGAAGUUGAGGGUUGUUUAUUUUUUUUCUUGUAUUUUGAAGAGAAGUUGUUUAUUCAAUACUUUUGUGCAGCAAAAUGACAUAAAUCACUAAAAACCCAAAUUUAAACCUUAAACUCUGUGGCAAAUAUUUUAUUGUUUUAUGUAAUUAGUAUUAUAAGUUUUGUAUCAGAUCCUAUUUAUUUAUCUCAUCUUUUUGCAGCUUUUAAUCAAAUGUUGUUUUGCUCACUUGCAUUUGUAAAUGCAAAUGAGCAUUAAGACGCAGUGAUGCUGAAAAGCAGAAGCAGGAAGAGGAACAUUUUCAUUACAACAGGAAGAACUUUAGAGAAGUUAAAGAAGAAUCAUUAAAGUCCAACAUGAUCAUCACCUGGUUCUGCCUCAUCUGCCUCUCUCUGCACAUCCCCAACAGCAGAACCGCUGGUCCUGUGACCCGUUUUUAUGAAGUUCCUGGAGGAAAAAUCAAAGUUCAAUGUUCCUUUCCUUCAUCUGGAGAAUGGAAGAUCUUCUGCUGGGAAAACUGUGAAGAAAAAAACAUCCUCAUUGAAACACGUAAAACAUCAGAUAGAAAUGGACGAUACAGGAUUGAAACCUCAGGAAGAGUUCUGUAUGUGAGCAUCUCAGCGCUGACCCAGUCUGACUCUGGAUGGUACCGAUGUAACCUGAAGGGCCGAGAUCCAUACAGAGACUUUAAUCUCACUGUUACAGAUGCAGUCAGACUGACAACAACUAAAACUACAACUAAAACUACAACUACUUCAACAACCAGGAGUUUCAGCUCCAGUGCAUCAAGUUUCACAUCUUCAGGUUCCUCUGCACCCACCAAGCGUUCGGCUCUGGGUGACGGCAAUAAAUCAUCUCCAGACGUUCUGCUAAUUGUGGGUCUGGCUCUGGUCUUCAUCAUCAUCUUCAUCAUCUUAACUGUGGCUCUGCUGGUUUUCUGCAGAAACAGAUCACAGAGGCAUGCUAAAGAUCCUGCUGUGAAAACAAAGAAAACUGCUGUGGAGACUACCAGAGUUUAUGAAGAAGUCAGAGGAGAUGAGAUGAAAUCUGUUCCUGUGGAAAUCUGCACAGUUUACAGCUACGCCUCCUACAGUAAACCAGCUGCAGCUGAUGGCGUCUACAGCCUGGUGACGGCAGCUCUUCCUCUGGACAAGGCUGAAGAUGAUUUGACAGGACCAACCUACGCCCAGGUGAACUUCCCCUACAGACGUUCGGACAAACCUUCUGACGACGCGGUUCACUCUGUUCGUCGGGUGGCUGUUGGCAGCCAUGUUGGAGAAGAGUCUCUGUACUCCAAUACAGCGUAACUUCAGGACUUCUGGUUUUGUCAGAAGUCGUCUUUGCCUGAUGGGCGGAUGAUCCCGUCAAAAGUUCUUUUGACUCUAUUAAUAAACAGAAAACUUUGCUUUAGGGCCCAACAUAAACGGCGUAACGCUCAGACUGCGUAGCCGUCACUCCACAUUAAAACAUGCAAAGGAAACCUGUAGACAAAAACACGAACAAUUCUCCAGCUUCAUUUGCAACAGUUGACAGUUAAUAGGGUUCAGAAGUUAAUCAGACUGUAAUAAGAGCAUAUUAAAUAUAACUAAACAUAUUUGGACUUUGAAAUUGUUCCUUUGUCUCUUUAAAAGCUGCUGCAGCAGCAGCAUGGCCUGAGGCGACAGGAGGAGCUUUGGUUGGUUCCUCUUCAUCGUUACUUGGUUCUGCUUCGUCUUCCUCUGGGAGCAUCUCUUCUUUUUAUUCUUUUCCCAUUAAACUGACUCGUUUUGACUCCUUACGGCUCUGGAUGUUGUAGGGGGUCACUCUCUUAAGCCUCCCUGGCAAGGUCUAUUCGGGGGUUCUGG